AUGGCUACCGCCGAGAAGCAACAACAAAAAAAGAGUCCCAUCAAGGACGAGCCCCUGGACGAUGACAAGCAGGACGACUUUUCCGACGAGUAUGAGGACGACUUCUCUGACGAGGACGACGACCAAGGUCAGGAUACCUCAGGCAAGGCAGUGCAAGCGCGCCAGCGCGGUGGGCAGACUAUAAGCAGCACAGACAAGCCGUCGGCCCCCAAGCAGAAGAAGGGCAUUGACGACGAGGAGGGGUUGAAGUUGAAGCUGGAUAUCAAUUUGGAUAUUGAGGUUGAGCUCAAGGCAAGAAUCCAUGGUGACUUGACCCUAGCUUUACUUGCUUAA